CUUUUCCGCCGGGUGAGCGCGGCCGUAGUCAUGGAUAACGACAGUGAUCAAAACAAUCGCGACCGUUCGCGGCGCGGUGAUCGACGCAGCGGGGCCGGAUCACGCUUCAGCAACGACCGUGAUCGGAGCCGUGAUCGUGAGCGUAGCGAUUGCCGGCGAAUCUACGUCUCGAACGUACCGUACGAGUAUCGGUGGCAGGAUCUGAAGGAUCUGUUUCGCAAAGAGGUCGGUGAUGUGUCGUUCGUUGAGCUGUUUCACGACGAAAACAAUAAGCCACGGGGAUGCGGUAUCGUAGAGUUCGAAAAGCCGGAGCACGUCCAGAUGGCAUUGGAAAAGAUGAACCGCUACGAUAUCAAUGGACGAAAUUUGGUCAUCAAGGAGGACUAUGGCAACGAGCGGGACAAGUAUGGGCGCGUUGUGCCGAAAUCCUUCCGCGGCAACGACAACGACAACCGCCGUCGGGACCGUGACGAUGAUCGAAUGUCCGGACCAUCGCACGGAGGUAGCGGUGGCGGCGGUGGUGGUGGUGGUGGUGGCGGCGGCGGCGGUAUUGUCGGUGGCGGCGGAAAUGUGGGUGGCGGUGUCCUUGGCGGUGGAAAUCUCGGUGGCGGCGGUCUCGGUGUUGGUGGUAGUGAUUUUUCGCAGGAUUACAAUACGUACGGUCUGAGCGUAAAGUUCUUGGAAGGUUUAGGCAUACAAGGGCCGUUGCAUACGAAGAUCUUCGUCGCGAAUCUUGACUACAAGGUCGAUGCGAAAAAGCUGAAACAGGUGUUUAAGUUGGCCGGCAAAAUCCAAAGUCUCGAUCUGUCCGUCGACAAGGAUGGCAACAGCCGAGGGUUUGCCGUCAUUGAGUACGAUCAUCCAGUCGAGGCGGUCCAGGCCAUCUCAAUGUUUGACCGCCAGAUGCUUUUCGACCGUCGCAUGACCGUCCGGCUGGACCGUCUGACGGAGAAGAGCGAAAUGAGCCGACUGCCCGAGGGGCUCAAGGGCAUCGGUAUCGGGCUGGGUCCAAACGGUGAACCGCUCAAGGAUGUGGCCCGCAAUCUGCCCUCGUUGCAGCAGCAAAACACGGCCCUGCAAAGUGCCACCCUGUCGAAUGCGGCUCCGACCCCGGUUCAGCCACCGCUGACUGCAAACAAUUUGCUCAACUCGGCCGCCACCAGCAAUCUGUCCGGGUUGAACUCGAAUCUGGCCGCGCAGCUCAGCAAUGUGGUCGGGCUGUCGAACCUGACCGGUGGUUUGCAGAGCUCGCUACUCUCGAAUGCGGCGGCCGGUCUGACGAAUCUGAGCGGUCUCGGUAGUUUGGGUGCGGCGGCGGCGGCAGCCGCAUCGGGUGGCAUUGGCGGUGGUUUGGGCGGUGCCGGUGGUGGUCUGGGCGGUGGACUCGGUAACAGCUUGUCCAGUGCGCUCAGUGGUCUUGGCGGUUCCGGGAAUGAUGGUGGGCUUGGUUCUAGCUUCAACCAGAGCUACUCGUCCGGUUUCGGUAACGGUGGAUCGAAUCGGGGCAACAACGACUACGACAUGGGAUCGUCGAACGUGCGCAACUACAGCACUGCACCAAACGAUGACUAUGGCCGCAAUUACGGCGGCAUCAACAAUGGCAAUCGCAAGAUGUCCGACACGAUCAUCAUCCGCAAUAUGCCACCUUCUUGGACUUGGCAAACGCUGCGCGAUAAGUUCCGCGACGUUGGGGAGGUAAAGUUCGCCGAAAUCAGGGGACAGGACACCGGUGUCGUUCGUUUCGCCAAGGAGCGCGAUGCCGAUGUUGCCAUUAAACUUAUGGAUGGGACGCGUUUCGAGGGACGAACGGUGGACGUAAAUUUCUUUUAAAUUAAAAGGACGACCUGCUUUCC